UCGCCUCUCGCCUGAUCGCCUACCAUGACUCAGCGCUUCUCGCACGCUGCCCGGCUGGGGCCGCCGGCUCCUCGCCGGCUCCUCCCGCCGCGUCCACCCCCUCUCGCCACCCACGCCCGCCCCCGGCCGCCGGCCCUUUCUCCGCGCCGCCGCCGCUGCCGCCGCACUCCGCGCCGGCGUCCUGGCAGCAUCCGCCGCCCGGCCCGCUCCCGCUCGCCGCGCACGCUCGCCCCCCGCCAUGGAGCCCCGGACCCCUCGCCGGCGCCACACCCCGCAGCGCGGCUACGCCGUCACCCGGAACCCCCACCUCAACAAGGACUUGGCUUUUACCCUGGAAGAGAGGCAGCAACUGAACAUUCAUGGCCUGUUGCCACCCUCCUUCAUCAGUCAGGAUGUCCAGGUCCUUCGAGUACUUAAGAAUUUCGAGCGUCUAAACUCUGAUUUUGACAGGUAUCUUCUCUUAAUGGAUCUUCAAGAUAGAAACGAAAAACUCUUCUAUAAAGUGCUGAUGUCUGACAUUGAGAAAUUCAUGCCUAUCGUGUAUACUCCCACUGUGGGUCUAGCUUGCCAGCAAUAUAGUUUAGCAUUUCGGAAGCCAAGGGGUCUCUUUAUUAGUAUCCAUGAUCGAGGACAUAUUUCUUCUGUUCUUAAUGCAUGGCCAGAAGAUGUCAUCAAGGCUAUUGUGGUGACUGAUGGAGAACGUAUUCUUGGCUUGGGAGACCUUGGCUGUAAUGGGAUGGGCAUCCCUGUGGGUAAACUGGCUCUGUAUACAGCUUGUGGAGGGAUGAACCCUCAACAAUGUUUGCCUGUCAUGCUGGAUGUGGGAACGGAAAAUGAGGAGUUACUUAAAGAUCCAUUGUACAUUGGACUACGGCAGAGAAGAGUGAGAGGUCCUGAAUAUGAUAAUUUUUUGGAUGAAUUCAUGGAGGCAGUUUCUUUCAAGUAUGGCAUGAACUGCCUUAUUCAGUUUGAAGAUUUUGCCAAUAUAAAUGCAUUUCGGCUCCUGAGAAAGUAUCAAAACCAGUAUUGCACAUUCAAUGAUGAUAUCCAAGGAACAGCAUCUGUUGCAGUUGCCGGCAUCCUUGCAGCCCUUCGAAUAACCAAGAACAAGCUGUCUGAUCAAACAUUUCUAUUCCAAGGAGCUGGAGAGGCUGCCUUAGGGAUUGCACACCUGAUUGUCAUGGCCAUGGAGAAAGAAGGUUUACCAAAGGAGCAAGCCAUACAGAAGAUAUGGCUGGUUGACUCGAAAGGGUUAAUAGUUAAGGGACGUGCUGCCUUAACACAAGAGAAAGAGGAAUUUGCCCAUGAACAUAAAGAAAUGAAGAACCUCGAAGCCAUCGUUCAAGAUAUAAAACCAACUGCCCUCAUUGGAGUUGCUGCGAUUGGUGGUGCGUUCUCAGAACAAAUUAUCAAAGACAUGGCAGCCUUCAAUGAACGGCCUAUUAUUUUUGCCUUGAGUAAUCCAACUAGCAAAGCAGAAUGUACUGCAGAGCAGUGCUAUAAACUGACGAAGGGUCGCGCCAUUUUUGCCAGCGGCAGUCCUUUUGAUCCCGUUACCCUUCCGAGUGGAAAGACUCUUUAUCCUGGCCAAGGCAAUAAUUCCUACGUGUUCCCUGGGGUUGCUCUUGGUGUCGUGGCGUGUGGACUGAGGCAUAUCACGGAUAAGAUUUUUCUCACCACUGCUGAGGUCAUAGCUCAGCAAGUAUCAGAUGAACACUUGGAGGAGGGCCGGCUUUACCCUCCUUUGGACACCAUUAGAGAUGUUUCUCUGAAAAUUGCAGAAAAGAUUGUGAAAGAUGCAUACCAAGAAAAGACAGCCACAGUUUAUCCUGAACCCCCAAACAAGGAAGCAUUUGUCCGCUCUCAGAUGUAUAGUGCUGACUAUGACCAGAUUCUUCCUGAUUGUUAUCCUUGGCCGAAAGAGGCCCAGAAAAUACAGACCAAACUUGACUAGUAGCAUAAUAGCUGACAUUUCUAACUCCAUUAAUGAGGUCUUGAAGUCUUUGAUAAUUUUCAAAAGAUUGAAAUCUUUUAUAAUGGUUCAUAAUAUGCUAGAUUAAGAUAAAUUUACUUUAACAACCUAAAAAUUUACAGAAGAAUAUUAAUAUACUUUAGUGUGAUUAUCUCAUUGAACAAUUUGCUUCAUUUACUUUCCGGUUAUUUAUGGUUUCCAUCUUAAUUAUUUUGCCCAAGUUCUCUUUAAAAGCUAUUGUAACUACCACUGAGAAACCCAUCAGUUUCAUAUAGGGGACUAAGGAGAAGUCCAAAAUUAGUAAUAAAUUGAUAUGAUCAGUAUUAAAAUCCAUAAUUCUUUUGUUGCUCACUUUAUUAAAAAUCGACUUAAAAGAUUAAAAUCAAUUUAGGCAUGGAUGAACUUUCACUAAAUACAGAAACAACACUUACUUUGUUGCCUAGAGAAAAAUAACUCCUCAGGUAUUUUUAUUCCAAUCCUGGAUUAUAUGUGCUCUUUUGAUGCAACAGAAUUCUAACGUUUCUAAGAAAAGAUCAUUGCUGUUUACAAUGCCUUGUGCAGCCUUAGACUUUAAUAUUCUUUCGACAUUAUUCCAUUUCCUUAACACCUUGGUCCUCCAUCAGAAAUCCCUUUGUAAAAGCACCUGUCUUUCUCCCCACCCAAAUGCCCUGGCCUUCAGCCCUGCACAUUGCCGCUGGGCCCUUGCAAACCAUGGCCCUGUCCUGAGGUUGGUGCCUUCGACUGAGCACAGCCUGAGAAGUGGGCAGAGCAGAGAGAGUGGGGAGCAUCUUGAGAAAGGGCUGCCUGUGGGGUCAGCGUCUCCAGACACACAUCUCCAGAGUCAAGGCAAGCGGGGUUCCCAACUGAGUAACCUGCCCAAGUGUCCCCUAGAGUAGCUCAGGCAAUUAAGAGCUCGUCGUGUUACAGCGAACUCACUUUCCUCUGAGUUUGAAGAAAAUUUUGUCAUCUCUUCCCCAAUAUCAGAAAUCUUCUUUACGUCAGAUAUUAAAGUAUUCUAACGACUAUCAGUAGUUACAGUCCAGAAAUGAACGUUAAUUUCAGGUUUUACGGUAGAAAUUAAUAAACCAAUGGAGACAAGUUAAAAUUCUUAAGCUCAGGUACAGUAGCAUUUACUAUUUAUUUACAGAAUUAUAUGGAGACUUUUUGUUUUUGAAGUAAGACUCUCAAGGAGUAUAAGAAAAUGUUCAGGAUAAACUGUAGUAGUAAACGAUUUCAUUGAAAGUUACACAAGUUGUUAUAGUAGAAGGGGUAGGGGUAUUUCUGAAGGUAAUGGUUAGUCAAGAAUUUCCUCAGUAUAGUUGUUUUGAAAAGAUCUGGAAUGCCUUUUCUAGUUUUCAUCGUUUCUUGUCUAGUUUUCAUGUUGUCUUGUAGCUCUAACUAAAUGUAUUUACCUAUGCAAAUGAUUUAUUAAAGCACUGGAAAAAGCAAA